AUGAAGGCGUCUGAUACUCACAUAUAUUAAUGUUAUCUAUAAUUCUCAAACUAAGGAUAAUUUUCAUAAUAGAAAUUUACUAUUUAUGAUACUUACUUGACUAUAUAAGUAAAAUAAAUAAUAAUAUUCAAAGAUUGGAGAAGCUAAUGAAUUAAAGGUUGAAUAUUGUUCACAAGAUGUUGUUUUUGAGUGGAAACUAGAGUAUUAAUUUGAUUUAAUCUUAGUGAUGGCAAUUAAUGCGAAGUAAUUGUUAUUACUGAAAAUUAUUCAUAUACAUAUAGAGGAUCAAAGUAAACAAUUUAAAAUCUAAAAUAAUAUCUUGAUGGAAAGGUAUUUUAUGGUAAUUUCAUGUCCCAAUACAAAGAAAUUUAAAUAUUAAAAAAAACUAAAUAAGGAGAAGUAAAGUUUAACUUAAUGUUUAGAUUAUCAAGUAUUAUAGUAAACAUUAGAACAUAGAGGUUAUUGCCAAGAGAUUAAAUUUUACUCAAAAUCUAGAAAGACAUUCAAAGGUAUGUUUUUUAAUUAAUCAAGUCACUUGUUUUGAAUGAAUUAAGAAUAUGCUAAUACUUAAGUUAAUUCAACUAAGAAUCUAUUUUAAAAUUACGAGAGUUUUAUCAAGAAAAAAAUAAGAUUAUACUCAUUUUUGAUUAUUGUGAAGGUGGUACAUUGUAUUCCUUUAUGGCCUAAAAGAAUUUCUGCCCAUCAUAUGUUGAUAUCCGAAAAAUCAUGAAGAAAUUGCUAUUUGCAAUAAAGUUUCUUCAUAAACACAAUAUAAUGCAUCGAGAUAUUAAAAUGGAUAAUAUUAUGUUAUUAGAAAAUAACAAUCCGAAUUCAAUUUAAGUUAUUGAUUUUGGAUUCUCUACAUUUAUAGAUGACAAACCAUAUAUCAUAGAAAGAUGUGGAACCCCAGGUUAUAUAGCCCCAGAACUCUACUCUGAAGAUCCCUAUGAUGAGUUGAUAGACAUAUAUAGUCUUGCUCAGAUAUUUUUUACAUUGUUGACAGGAAGAAAGUUCGCAUUUGAGUCUCAUUCAUUUAAGACAUUUGCUCAACUUCAUCAUAAAUAAUAAACCAUUAUAAGAGAAUCAACAAAGAAUGAAAUCAUUGUUGAUUUAUUUUUAAAAAUGACAGCUACCCCAGAAAAAAGGUUUAAUACUACAUAAUGUCUUAAUCAUUAAUAUUUUGAGAAGACCUCAAAAAUUAAACAGUAGUAAAUAUAUAUAUCAACUCUAGGUUAACAUGUCUGAAGUUUCCUUUAUUAAAAACUCCAUUCUAAUUGGUUAAAUAGAAAGAACAGUAACAUUCAAAAGACCAUCAAGAUAAAUUCAUUAAUUAAAAAUGAAAUUUAUUUGUACUAAACUUCC